CUCAACUUGUAUUUUCCUUUCAGACAUGCAGUGAAAAAGUAUUAUUUAAAACCAGACAAUGUUGUGGUUGGUUUCUAGCAAUAGUUUUGCUGCAAAUAUUGCUUGAGAUUGUAGGACUCAUAUUUACAAACAAAGAAUAUUCACAGAUCAGAUCAUCGGAUAUAAUCAAUAAUAGAAUCCCAGGAGACUCACAUAAUGUACUUCAUGCAAAGACAAUAAUUUUAAGAACAGUAUUUCGAGGGAUAAAGUCUUUCUUCAUUAGUAACUGGAAAAGAUCGAAAUCGUCAGUACUGCAUUUCAUCUUCCUUGGGAUUUUGGCGGUGUGCAAUAUCGGAGCACUCGGAUUAGCAAUUAAUGUUCGAUACGAUUCUGUGUUUGGAAACUCAGAUAUAGAGGCAUUGCUGUCGAAGUUCAGAAUAGCAGACCACACCUUUACCAGAGCACUCAACAUGUUUUCUAUCGUUGUUGUAACUUUUUCCACCACAUCAAUUGCUGUUAUAAUAUUUACAGUUUUUUCCAUUGAUUCACUGAAAUGGAAAAGAAUGUUACUGCUUAUUAGUGUAGGUUUAUGGAGUAUGAUUGCAGUGGCAAACAUAGUGAAGAUAGGUUUGUGGGGAAAGUUUAUAGCAAGCGCAGACAAAGAAUUAGAAGAUCUAAUCAGUACUGAAUUAAUGAACAACACGUACACUUAUCAAAAUUCACAAGGAUCCGGCUACUUCAACAGGGAAACGUCGCUUUCUUGGAAUACGUUAUUUAUAAAAGCUGAAUGCUGUGGCGUUGGAAGUAACAUAACACAUUCAUUCACUGCAUCAUAUUGGUAUGUUAACCGUCGUGAUUCGACCUCCCAGCGUAUUCCAGUACAGUGUUGUAAAUCUCAGACAGAAGUGUAUCCAUAUGCGUAUCAAUACGACACGGACUGUACAGCUAAUCUAGUAAUUGGUUAUUACCAUAGUCAGGGAUGUGAUAAAGUAAUAGUAAACAGAUUGGAUUUAUACAGUCUUCUAUUCUUUGUACUUAUGGGAAUCAACGUUUUUGCUGAGAUUGGUAUGAUAGCUACUACUAUAUACAAUGCAGUCAGUUUAACCACGGGAGAGAAUGAGAUACGUGUACGAUAUAAAUCGGAUGAAGACAAUGUUGAAUUAAAUGAAAUUACGAGAAACACAUCUCGGAAGUCUGUACAAAGAUGAUAGAUGCAGAUGUUAUUUGAGAUCGACGAGAAUUACACACUGCAGAAAAUUAACUAAUUGACAAUGAUUAAUACAACAUACAAUUGUUGACUGACAUUAACGAUGCAAAAGUGACUAUUAUAAAUGCUGAAGCAUGAAAGCUUAACAAUUAUAUAAUCGAACGGAGAAACAAAACACUGAUUUAGUUGCUGACAAUUUUGUAUUCAUGCUGUUUUUUUUUAUUUUUUGACGUUUCAUUGCUGUGAAAUUGUGGGAAGUCGAUAUUUCAUUUAUAUGUGUAUCACUCGUAAUGUAUUUUUGUAAUUUUUAUGUAAAGUGUGGUUAAUGCAGUGCUAGAAUAUUAACAAAGUCAUUAUUGUAUCAAUAAA